UUUUGCUUUUCUUCUCUUCUGUUUUUUUUAUUUUGGUUAAAAGGCAGCUGCUUAUUUACAGUUUUACACUGAUAAAUAGUGAUUCCGAAUCAUUGAUUCUACACCUUGUCCCAUGUCAAGUCUAGUCAAAAGCUUCUUUCAUCAACUCCGGCUCAUUAAUAAGAUUCUCUCUCUCUCUCUCUCUCUCUCCCUCUCUCUUCCCUUCACCAUCUCAGAGAUUACUCCAUUAUCUCGCAGAUUUGGUGACCAGAACAACUUAUCACUUGAGUGGUUCAACCUCUCUCGUUCUCUCUCUGCUACGAAUAUGUCUAUCCAUAUGUAAUCGUUUGAGAGGGGAGUACCAACUUAUCAAGAACUGAAACAUCAUGACUUUCAACAGAAGCAACCUCCUGCUCACAUUAGUCCUCUUCCACCUCCUUCUUGUCCCCACACUACUCCAAGCUCUUAAUACUGAUGGUGUUCUUCUGCUUAAUUUCAAAUAUUCCAUCCUCAGUGACCCUCUCUUCGUUCUACGCAACUGGAACUAUGAAGAUGCAACACCAUGCUUGUGGACAGGUGUCACCUGUGCAGAGCUUGGGAAGCCUAACACUCCAGACACGCUCAGAGUUACAAGCUUGGUACUUUCAAACAAACAUCUUUUGGGUUCCGUCACUCCGGACUUAUUCUCUAUGCCGCAUCUACGGAUCUUGGAUCUGUCCACUAAUUUCUUCAACGGGUCACUCCCUGACGCGGUCUUCAACGCCACCGAGCUUCAGACUAUCUCCCUCGGAAGCAACAAUCUCUCUGGUGAUUUGCCCGAGAGUGUCAACAGUGUGAUUAAUCUUCAGCUCUUGAAUCUCUCAGCUAACGCAUUUACUGGGGAAAUUCCGCACAGCCUCUCGCUUCUGAAGAAUCUAACGGUCAUUUCCUUGACAAAGAACUCCUUUUCAGGUGAUAUUCCAAGUGGUUUCGAAGCUGCACAGGUUCUUGAUCUUUCUUCAAAUCUUCUAAACGGCUCUCUUCCCAAGAUUUUGGGAGGAAAAAACAUGCAUUACUUGAACUUAUCACACAACAAAGUCUUGGGCGAGAUGUCUCCAGGUUUUGCUGAGAAGUUUCCAGCAAAUGCCACCGUCGAUCUCUCCUUUAACAACCUCACAGGCCCAAUCCCUAGUUCCCUGUCUUUACUUAACCAAAAGGCCGAGUCUUUUGCUGGUAACCAAGAGUUAUGUGGGAAGCCAUUGAAAACUCUUUGCUCAAUCCCUUCUUCUCUUUCCAAUCCUCCAAAUAUAUCUGAAACUACUUCACCGGCAAUAGCAGUUAAGCCCAGAAGCCCACCUCCAAUAGACCCUUUAACAGAAUCACCAAACCAGACAGCAAAAAGCAAGCUAAAGCCAAGCACCAUUGCCGUCAUCACAGUUGCAGAUAUAGCUGGUCUAGCUCUCAUUGGUCUACUUGUGCUCUAUGUAUACCAGGUCAGAAAACGCAGAAGUUACCCAGGAUCCAGCAGAUUCAGCUUCUUCAAAUUCUGUCUGGAGAAAAACGAAGCGAAAAAAUCUAAUCACCAAACGCAAAGCACCGGAGAUGUCACAGUCACAGAAUCACCAGAUGCAAAAGCGGCAUGUGGUUCGUGCAUUACAUUGACCGGAGGAGGGUACGACGAGACAUCUACAUCAGAGAGCGACGUCGAGAAUCAGCAAACCGUUAAAGCAUUUGGUCGAACAGAUGGUGGGUCACUAAAACAGAGUGCUCAAACUAAACUAGUUACAGUCGACGGCGAAACUCGGCUAGAUCUAGACACUCUACUUAAGGCAUCUGCUUACAUAUUGGGAACUACCGGAACUGGAAUCGUGUAUAAGGCGGUGCUGGAGAACGGCACAGCAUUCGCGGUGAGGCGAAUCGAGACAGAGAACUGUGUGGCGUCGAAACUCAAGGAAUUCGAGCGGGAGGUUCGUGCCAUUGCUAAGCUUCGACACCCAAAUCUCGUCAGAAUUCGUGGGUUCUGCUGGGGAGACGACGAGAAGCUUCUAAUCUCCGACUACGUUCCCAAUGGCAGCCUCCUCUGUUUCUUCACCGCCAGUAAGACAAACUCAAGCUCGUCGUCUUCGUCAUUACAAAACCCUCUUAGUUUCGAGGCACGUCUCAAGAUAGCAAGAGGAAUGGCUCGAGGACUGUUUUACAUCAGCGAGAAGAAACACGUGCAUGGUAACAUCAAGCCCAAUAACAUUCUCUUGAACGCUGAGAAUGAGCCCCUCAUCACCGAUCUGGGGCUAGACCGCCUCAUGACACUGGCGCGUGAAUCUCAAAUCACUGGACCAACUUCGAGCACACCGUACCAGCCACCGGAAUGGUCAACGAGCCAGAAACCAAACCCUAAGUGGGACGUUUAUUCAUUCGGCGUCAUACUCUUAGAACUUCUCACAGGCAAAGUGUUCUCGGUGGAUCAGGAUAUAGAUCAGUUCUUAAACUUAUCCGGUUCUGAAGCGGAAGAGAAAGGCCGGUUCUUGAGGUUGAUUGACGGUCCGAUUAGGAGCGAUGUGUCUCGCCACGAGGAUGCUGCAGGCGUAUGCUUUAGGUUAGGGAUUGAAUGUGUCUCUUCCUUGGCUCAUAAGCGACCGUCCAUGAAAGAAGUGGUGCAAGUGUUGGAGAAAAUGAGCAUUUUUUUAAUAACUCUCGAUUAAGAAUCUCUCUACCAAAUACAUUGUACUUUUUUUUUUUCCUGAUACCAAAAUAUGGAAGGAGGAUCUACCACUUCCGGCGAAGAUAAAUCGGAGAUCAAAUCUCCAGUUACGCCAAAUCAGAUCUUUAUUCUCUCCGGUCAAAGCAAUAUGGCCGGACGCGGCGGCGUGGUCAAAGACCACCACCACAACCGCUGGGUAUGGGAUAAAAUCCUCCCAUCGGAAUGUGCAGCAGAGUCAUCAAUUCUCCGCCUGAGCGCAGAUCUCCGGUGGGAAGAAGCGCACGAGCCACUCCACGCUGACAUCGACACCGGUAAAGUGUGCGGAGUAGGUCCGGGGAUGGCGUUCGCGAACGCGGUGAGGAAGCACCUGGAGACAGAUUCUGCAGUGAUCGGAUUGGUUCCGUGCGCCUCAGGUGGAACGGCGAUAAAAGAGUGGGCGCGUGGGAGUCACUUGUACGAGAGGAUGGUUAAGAGGACGGAGGAGAGAAUGAAAUGCGGCGGAGAGAUCAAGGCGGUGCUUUGGUAUCAAGGUGAGAGUGACGUGUCGAACAUCCAUGACGCCGAGAGCUACGGGAGCAAUAUGGACGCUUUGAUUAAGAACCUUCGUCAUGAUCUCAACCUCCCUUCUCUUCCCAUUAUUCAGGUGGCAAUAGCAUCGGGAGGGGGAUACAUAGACAAAGUGAGAGAAGCACAGUUGGGUUUGAAACUUUCGAACGUGGUCUGUGUAGAUGCCAAGGGAUUGUCGCUAAAGCCCGACAAUCUUCACUUAACCACUGAGGCUCAAGUCCAGCUUGGUCUCUCCUUAGCACAAGCUUACCUUUCCAACUUCUGCUAGACAAUCAAAAGUUAUCUGAGGUCUGAGAUUGGGUACUCGGUGAGAAGUCGCGGUCUUUUCCAGUGUUCUAGCAGAAGUGAGAUCGAUAAACUGAAGCUGUGUUAAUGUUUUAUCUACUACAUCUUCCAAUAGGGGGAUAUGCCGUUUAUAAGUGAUUGUGACUGAUUUAACGUAAAUUUGUUAUCUAUGUAAACAGAGCACACAUAAUAUUUGUAUCGUUUGUCACAUUAUCUACAUGAGGAACUAGACAAGUUUCUGGUUUCAUCACUCAAAA